AAAUAAGUAAUCAAAAUGAGCGAGAUGGAAACUAAUGCGUCCUUUGAGUCCAUAUCUGUGCACAACUUCUCUGAAAAGAUUAUGGAGCAGGUCGUUCACUUCCACGUUAUGAAGCUGAAUGAAGGUUUUUUCCUUUGGGUCGGCUCUUCUCCGGUCCUGUCCAACUUGGCUGUAUCGAUGAGCAGCAGAUAUGAUUCAAUGCCAUUAUCUUCACUAGUCAUGGGGGAUCCAUCAAAUACAGCUGCAAACACCUUGGCACAAAGAUUAGCAAAGAGGACCAAAAAACAGGUGUUUGUGAGCUACAGUCUUGCUGUAACUGACUGCAACUUAAGCCUUUUAGUGGAGAAUCGCAUCAAGAAAGAGCUCGAGCUUCACCCUGAAUGUUUUUAAGCACAUUUAUAUUUGGUUAUAUUUGGUGAAGAAAAGGCAGCUGCUUGAUGACAUUG